AUGGGUGGAGAACCCCCACAUCACAACCGCGCCCCAGUCACCAAGGCGUUGCCCGUGCUUGCGGAUCGCCCGGUCGGUCAGCGCAUCAACAAGAUCUACACCGAUCGGCUGAAGAAUUUCACUGCCAAGGGCCAGUAUGAAGGCCAAAACCUCGUAGCCAAAUACUACGAGGGAACGAGCUCUGAUGAAGAGCACGUCAAGCUCUCCGUCUACUCCGCCCCCGAUCUCCAACGGCCAACCUUCAAGGAAGCUACGUCACAGCAAUUCAGGCCCACCCACGUCGGCGAAUCGUUCGGACCAAGCUGGUCAACGCACUGGUUCCGUAUUCGUUUGACCGUCCCAGAGGAGCUGCGCCAGAAAGAGCGACUGGAGUUCCACUGGGAUGCAAAUAACGAGGGCCUCCGCACGGAAUGGAUAAUCCCCGAUGAGUGGCGCGAUGGGAAAGAGCAUGUAUUUUAUAUCGAGAUGGCUUGCAAUGGCAUGUUUGGCAAUGCUCCCGGCGGCGACUCAAUUCAGCCCCCCAGACCCGAUAAGACAUACCAGUUGACCUUGGCUCGGAUCACUGCCGUGAACCUGGCAGCUCGGGCACUCUACUAUGAUUUCUGGAUCAUUGGGGAUGCAGCACGAGAGUUCCCGGGUGACUCAUGGGAAGCCCAUGAAGCCAAUGUGGUGGGCAAUUCCAUGAUCGAUACAUUCAUUGCAGGCAAUGGGAGCCAAGAGUCGAUUCUGGAGGCGCGCAAAAUUGCGCAGAAAUACCUUGGCGACAAGGUAGACUCCUCGGAUGUUUAUGCAAGCGAUAAGGAGCCGUUCGUUUUUGCCAUCGAGACGAAGCGAAAGGUGGCGCGUUCAUGGUCCAACCAAUGCGAUCUGAUGGACCGAUAUCCCGAGCAUCGAUUCGCGUGCUCCCAGGCACAACAGUUCAAAUGGUUGAAAGAAUACUACCCAUCUGUAUUUGACCGUGUGAAGCGGUGGGUCAAGAAAGGCCACUUCCAGCCGAUCGGUGGCAGUUGGGUUGAGCACGAUACCAACAUGCCCAGUGGCGAGUCCCUGGUUCGUCAAUUUCUCUAUGGGCAGCGCUUCUUCGAAAGCAACUUCGGGCAGCGGAGCACCACUUUCUGGCUGCCAGACACCUUCGGUUACUCUACUCAGAUCCCCCAGCUGUGUCGACUCGCGGGGAUGAGCCGAUUUUUCACGCAAAAGUUGAGCUGGAACAACAUUAACAACUUCCCUCACACCACUUUCCAAUGGGUCGCCUUGGAUGGCAGCCAAGUGAUGUGCCAUAUGCCCCCUUCGGAGACAUACACCGCUGAGGCUCACUUCGGCGAUCUCAAACGCAGCGUCACCCAGCACAAAACACUGGAUGUGGACAAGUCAUCUUUGCUUGUGUUUGGCAAGGGGGAUGGCGGCGGCGUCCGCGGUCUAAGUGACAAGGUGGGGAAUCUUCCACGUGUAAAGCUGGGUGACUCCGUGGACGACUUCUUUGCCAGGCUAGAGGACAGGGUGGCGAAUGGCACAACGUUCCCAACUUGGUACGGUGAGCUCUAUUUCGAGCUCCAUCGUGGUACCUACACCACCCAGGCAAACAACAAGCGCAACAAUCGAAAGUCCGAAUUCCUGCUGCGAGAAAUCGAAUUCCUGGCUACCUUGGCUACCAUCCAUGGUACCGAUGGUGCAUACAAGUAUCCCAAAAAGGAAAUCGAUGAGAUGUGGGAGAAUACUCUGCUUUGUCAAUUCCAUGACUGCUUGCCUGGAAGCUGUAUUGAAAUGUGUUACGAUGAUUCGGACAAGUUAUACGCCGAACUCUUCAAAACAGGUGUGAAGCUACGCAAAGAAGCCCUUGAGGCUCUCGGCAUCAGCAGGAGCAGCAGCACCAGCAACAGUUUCGUGGCACUGAACACCCUUCCCUGGAAUCGCUCUGAGGUUGCUCGCAUCCCAGAUGAUCUGAACAAGUCUAGCACAUCCAAUUACGCCCUAGUCAAUGGCCCUACUGGAUUAAUCUCCUGUCAGCCGGUUAACUUCAAUACCACAACUGCUGUCUCUGUCGAGGAGAUUCAACCAGGUAUCUUCCGUCUCCAGAAUGGCAAACUUAGAGUCGAUGUUCAGAAUGGCGUUAUCACUUCGCUUUACGAUAUUGAGGCGGAGCGCGAGGUCAUUGCAAAGGGAGGUCAAGCCGGACAACUGGUGAUCUUUGAUGACAAGCCCCUUUACUGGCAGGCCUGGGACGUCGAAGUCUUCCAUCUUGACUCCCGCAAGGAGCUUCCUCACGGUAACACUGUUAUCGCGGAACAGGACCCCCAUCGAGCGAGUUUAGUGACCGAGGUUAAGAUCAGUGACAAGAGCUGGGUCAAGACUACUAUCAGCCUCGCCGCUUCCGUCUCCUCUGAGCCCUCAUAUGUCGAGUUCGAGAGUGAGGUCGAAUGGAAGGAGACCAUGAAGUUCCUCAAAGUCGAAUUCCCUGUGGAUAUCACUAACACGGAAGCAUCUUAUGAAACCCAAUAUGGUAUUGUUCGCCGUCCGACACACUACAACACCAGCUGGGACAUGGCCAAGUUCGAAGUUUGCUGCCACAAAUGGGCCGAUCUUUCAGAACACGGCUACGGUGUCUCGGUCCUCAACGAUUCGAAGUACGGUUUCGCAACCUGCGGCAAUCUGAUGCGCCUGUCGUUGCUCCGUGCCCCGAAGGCUCCUGAUGCACAUGCUGACAUGGGCCGUCAUCGCAUUCGCUACGCUAUUCUUCCCCACGCCGGCGCACUUGAUGAGCGCACUAUUCGUGCGGGCUAUCAUUUCAACCACCCUCUAGUUAUCGAGCAAGCUAACUCUCAAAACCCGAGUCUAAACGCAGCUCUGCGAUCUAUAUCCAUUAAGGGAUCCCCAUCUAUUGUUCUUGAUGCCGUGAAGCGUGGCGAGGAUGAUGAAGAUGUCUCUACCGGUGCGCUGCCCGCUCGAAGCGGACGUAGUGUUAUCCUGCGUGCGUACGAGUCCCUUGGCGGCAAGGCCCGUGGUACCAUCCAGAGUUCUCUCCCGGUUAAGCGGGUGUGGAAGUGCAAUGUUCUUGAAGACGAUGGCGAAGAGUUGCAACUCCAAUCUCUGGAUGGAGGUAUCGCUGUCAACAUCGAACUGAGGGCUUUUGAGGUUGCUACAUACCGGCUGCAACUAUGA